CACAUGCAAAAAUACAUACUUGCAGCUAGUUUUUCUCAGAAUUUUCCCCACACAUAUUUUGUCUGCUUUCCACAUGUCUAACAGUAACAAGCAAGCAAAGAGAAGAUUAAAGCAACUUGGAGCAACAUUGAACCCGUCCAAAGCAGGCUGGUCCGAUUCCGAGGACGAGGAUCUUACUAAACAAGUUGAUGUCAAAUCUGUUCGAAUUGGCGAUAUCGUCAUGCAAGUUUACCCUGCUGAAAAUCCAGAAUUGGUGCCUGAAAUCCAAGGGCCCUUUUACGAUGGAUCUCAGGAUAUUUUGAGACAUUUAAGAUGGAUUAUGCAAAAGGACAAAUUGGGACAAGAUAUCUUUUUAUUGGGUCCUCCUGGUCCAUUGCGUCGUAAUCUAAUUAUGAAGUAUGCAGAAAUGACACAACGAGAGAUCGAAUAUGUAGCAUUAUCCAAAGAUGUGACAGAUGCCGAUUUGAAACAAAGAAGAGAACUCACGAAUGGAACAUCAUUUUAUGUAGAUCAAGCUGCUGUCAGAGCUGCAAUUCACGGUAGAAUUCUUGUACUGGAUGGUAUUGAAAAGGCAGAACGUAAUGUGUUACCCAUCUUAAAUAAUCUGUUGGAGAAUCGUGAAAUGUCACUUGAGGAUGGACGUUUCUUAACUACAAAAGACGUUUCCAGUGACACCAAGUUUGAGAAAGUGAAUCCCCGAUUUUUGGUCUUUGCAUUAGGUUUACCUGUACCACCCUAUGUUGGUUACCCACUUGAUCCCCCGCUUAGAUCCAGAUUUCAAAGCAGAGACAUUAAAGCACCUGAAUUCAAAUCACAAGUAGACCAAAUGCUGAACUUGAUCACCAAUAAGAAUGUAUCCCGUGAAUUAAUUGAACGUUUGAUAUCAAUCAGUUUAGUAUUAGGUGUACAAAACGAAGGUCGUAAUACGCGUGAAAUUGAAGUACCUGAAUUUCCCAUGACCGUCGAAUCUUUAGCCAACUUAUUAUCUAUUGUACCCAAUGUCAAUCCACGUUUCCUUGUUGAUAUUUUGUACCCUUAUACACUUUUACCUACUUGCGACCUUGAGCAGUUAAGUGUGAUUGAAUCGGCAUUUAGAAGAUUUGCUGUCAAAUCCGAAGUGGUUGAAGCUCACAUGGAAUCUCGUCAAACUUCUUCAGGUUAUUUAAUCGAGACCAUCAAUCCAGUAAAGCCAAAAGACACUGCCCAAAGAGCCAUCGCAUUAUUUUCAUCAGCACAAUUCGGCCCCCUCGGACUUCCUAUUUAUUGUGGACCCUCUGCAUUUAGCCCUGCUGAAUACUUCAUCGAGACUCCAUAUCAUCGUGAAAUUUUCUCUGCCAUGGUUUUGUUGCAUGCGGGCGGAAAAGACAUCUGCUUGAUUGGUACAUAUAAAGGUGUUGGUAAAUCUGCGCUUGUCCGACAUUUUGCCCGCAAUCUGGGCUAUACUAUUGAUUACAUUCCCCUUUACCGUGAUAUGUCUUCUCGUGAUCUUUUACAACGUCGUUCUACUACGGCUAAAGGUGAUACUGUUUGGGAAAACUCGUUACUCGUGGAGGCGGCUAUUCAUGGUCAUUUAGCUGUACUAGAUGGCAUUGAAGCUCUUUCAUUUGGUACUUUGAACACACUACAACGACUUUGCUCAGAUCGUGAAACCCAAUUACCUGAUGGUACACGUUUAAUAAGUGAGGCGCGCUAUAUUAAACUUUUGAAGAAACAAACUGUGGAGGAACUCGAGUUAAAACGUGUAUUCCCUAUUCACCCAUCUUUCCGUAUCAUGGCAUUGGCUAGAGCUGGUACCAGUGGACAAUCUGAUACCAAGGCAGGCUCUUGGUUAAGCGCCGAAAUUUUAUCCAUGUUCCAUUUUAUUGUGGUUGAUACCUUGCCAUCUCAUGAAGAACAACAGGUUUUAACUGCCCUUUCACCCGGUGUAGAUGAAGAUAAAUUAAAACAAUUGUUGACUUUCUCUAGAAGAUUACGUCGUGAUAAAGAUGAGACUAUCCGCAUGUUAUCUAGUACAUUGUCCACACGUCAAUUGAUUCGUAUGUGCCGUCGUCUAGCUUACUUUGAAAAUGAGAAUCUCUAUGUUGCUAUUCAUAAAGCCGCUUUGUCUCGCUUUAUGCCUACAGUAGCUCGUGAAGCGCUUCAUGCUUUGAUGAUUGCUAACGGCAUCUAUCCACCCAAAGAAGAUUCCGUUGACCUUGUGAUUGAGGUUUUACCAUCGCGUGAAAAUCCCGAGCAAAUUCGUAUUGGCAAUGUUGUAGAAAAUGUAUUCCAGGGAGGUGAUCCUAUGCUAAUUCCUAACGUUGUCUUCCAUGAAAACCCUGCUCAUACCCAAAUCUUGAAAGAAAUGCUCAAAGAUUACCAACUAGGAGAUCAUUUAUUACUGAUUGGUAAUCAGGGUGUUGGUAAAAACAAAUUAGCAGAUUAUUUCUUACAAUUGUUGAAGUUGCCACGCGAAUAUAUUCAAUUACAUCGUGAUAGUACUGUACAAAGUUUGACUACAACUCCUGCUAUUGCCGAUGGUGUUCUGAGCUAUGAGGAUUCUGCUCUUGUAAAGGCAGUCCGUGAUGGUACCAUCUUGGUUGUGGAUGAAGCUGACAAAGCCCCUACUUAUGUCACAGCUGUUCUCAAGAGUCUGGUUGAAGAUGGACAAAUGGUACUUGGCGAUGGGCGUCGUAUUAUCUCUAAAGAGUCGGAUAUCCAAGAUAGUCAAAAUUACAUUAUGGUACACCCCAAUUUCCGUAUGCUUGUAUUAGCUAAUCGACCAGGGUAUCCUUUCUUGGGUAACGAUUUUUAUCGUGAAAUUGGAGAUGUAUUUAGUUGUCAUGCUGUAGAUAAUCCCGAUAUGAAAUCCGAAAUGUUCUUGCUACGUAAAUAUGGUCCCCAAGUAUCUGAAGAUUUACUCGGCAAGUUAUCAAACGCGUUUACAGAUCUGCGUAAAUUGACAGACGAAGGUUUGAUCUCCUACCCUUACUCUACACGUGAAUUGGUCAAUAUUGUGCUUCAUCUCCAGAACUAUCCUGAGGAAGGCAUCUCAAAAAUUCUUCAAAACGUGUUCGAUUUCGACCAAUAUGAUCAAGCUUCCAAAGAACUUGUGAUUGAAAUCUUUGAAAAACAUGGUAUUCCUGUCGGUCUUGAAUCAGACUUUUCCAUGUCUUUGGGUGACGUACUUUCAUUGGGUAAGCCCCUUUUAUCAGAACAAUGGACUCGUGUACCAUCCGCAACCAAGCAACUGGUAAGCAAAUGUGAAACCGAUGAUAUUGCUGUGCGUGGCGGCUGGGAUAUUGAUGUAGGCAAGAAAUGGAAAGAAGUGGAGCGUAAAGAAGGUAGAUCCACCACUUUCUCCGAACAAUUAUAUACGUUUGAUAUUCCUACUCGCGGUGAAGCUCUUGAUAUUGCUACCAUGGAUGACGGCACCAUCUUUGUCGUAACCACAAACCCUGUCACUUUACACCGAGUCGAGCCUACUCAUAAGCAAAUAGAUAGUUUAGAUUUAUACGAAUACUUCCCAUUGCAACGUGCACCUCCAAGACUUCGUAUCUCUGUUAUCCGUACCCAAGGCCAGGUUAAAUAUCUUGCUUUGCACAAUCCUUCCAAUAAUGAAUUACUUUGUUGUGAUUUCAACAAGAAGUCUGUUGUCUCCGUAGUGAUUCGAGGUCUUGAGCCUGUCAAAUCCAUUAUGUGUAAUAAUUUGAGCUCAUCAGGUAUUUUGGUGUUUUAUCAAAUUGAUCAACCUGUCAUUGCGGUAUUAGAUUUCAAUACUUCCAAACAACAUACUUUGACUUUCCCCACACGUAUAAAUCAACUUCAUGUGAUUGAGCCCAACUUUUGGAUUGCGCGUGGUAGUCGUGAUGCAAACAUGUACGCAAUCCACUCUGAGCAAGGCGUCCCCAACACCAUGGAAUCGAUUCAAGCACUUGGUCAAAAUGGACAACCUGUGGAUGAAUUGAGUCAUAUCUUUGAACAAGAUCUUACCCCUGGUGUGAAGUUUGGACAUAACGAGAAUCCCAGCAAAUUUGCUUCAAUUUUGGAAGGCUGUUCUCGGUCUGAUUUCUUAGGCUCGAAAGGUGUAAUUGAUAUAUCCUGUUUUAUAAAAAACCAAAAAACCAAUUAUCAAGUCAACACCAAGAUUAAAGGCACAAGUUUAUUUCUGGAAAAGACUCAGCAAUUAGCAAUUAUUCAACCUCCUACUGAUGGUCGCGCUGAAAGCUUUUUGGACCUAUUAAAUCCUAUAUCUGGACAAAUUUGGCGUAUCAAAAUGCCCCUUUCCGUUGUUGGUGCCAUGGAACCUGUAACAAGUUACAAUCAAUUCCAGGUUGAGCGUUAUGCGGCUACAUUAUCAGAGCUUCCUAAUGGUAACCUUGUUACAAUGGAUAAUGCAGGUACAGUCCGUAUUUGGCAAGUCGAUCCAAAUGCUAUCUAUAAGGCUGCACAAACAUGGAAGCAAAUGGUGGGUGUGGAUCAAAAACUUCUAUCCGUUAUUUACGAAACUGAAGAUCAUAAGCAAUUGGAAGAGCUUUAUAAUAAGGCUGAACAAGGCGCUGGUGGAGGAAACAGCGAUGCGAAAUGUGAGACAGAUGGUCAAGGUGAAGGCUCCGGCGGAAAAUCUGGUGUUGGUGAAGGUGACGGUGGAUCUGGUGGAUCUGGUGGAGGAGGGGCCAAUGGAUCUGGUAAUAAUAUGAAUGAAAAUGGGCGUCAAGAAGCUAGUUUUGAAGAUAUUGAAAGCCUUAAAAUUAAAACAACCGGCGACGAACCUGAGGCUAUUAGUCGAGCACAAAAAGAGAUGCAUGAUCAAGCUAUGGAGAAAAUGUUGACCAAAAUCGACAUGACACAAGCCGAUUUCCAAAAAUAUAACGAAUACAUGGAGAAUAUCCGUCGAGAAGUACGUGAGCUCCGUGUAAUUUUGGAAAGUGUCGAGGCAAAGAAACAGGAACGCGUCUGGCUUAAGAAUCAAUCCUCUGGUGAUUUGGAUGACACAAAAAUUAUCGAAGGUCUUACGGGUGAACGAUCUAUUUAUAAAAAACGAGGUGAAGAUGAUCCCGAAUUAGGACUUUUCCAAGACAAACCUAAACGAAUGAAUUUUGUUUUUGAUUUAUCUGCAAGUAUGUUCCGUUUUAACUCACACGAUCGUCGUUUGGAAAGAUCCAUGGAGGUAGCUCUAAUGUUGAUGGAGUCCUUCCGUGGUUUUGAGCAUAAAUUUGCGUACAAAAUUGUCGGCCACAGUGGAGAUGGUGCAAACAUUGAGUUUGUCAAAGAAGGCAAAUACCCAAAGACAGAGAAGGAGGCGUUUGAAGUUAUCUCCAAAAUGAAGGCCCACUCACAAUACUGUUUAAGUGGUGAUAAUACUCUGGGUGCUGUAUCCCAUUCAAUGAAAGAAAUUGUCAAGGAAGAAUCCGAUGAUUACUUUGUAGUUGUAUUAUCUGAUGCUAAUAUCCAACAGUACAAUAUCCAUCCCAAUGAUAUCGCUAGAAUUUUAAAAUCUGAUGAUAGAGUUACUGCACAAAUGAUUUUUAUUGGCAGUCUAGAAGAUCAAGCUGCGCAAUUGAAAAAGGCUUUAGGAAGUCAUGCUCAUAUUUGUACAGAGAAUAAGGAAUUACCGAAGAUCAUCAAAUCUCUCUUCUUGUCUUCCAUGGUCAAAGGUUAAGAUGCUUCGGUUAUGUAUGAUAUAUUCGUCAUAAUUUUAUUUAUAGAAUUAAACAUGCACAUAUGUUAUUUAACUUUUGACACUCU